AUGUCAGACCAGAAGUUUAUCCUUUACGCUCGUAAAUUCAUGAAGAACCCACUCCUUGGAAGAAGACAAUGCGUUGUCGAAUUGGUUCACCCAGAGAUGGCUAACGUUCCUAAAGCUCAGAUCAAGACUAAGUUGGCUGCACUCUUAAAGAGUAAGGAGGAGCAAAUCGCUAUUUUCGGACUUAAGACCAAGUUUGGAGGUGGCAGAACUACCGGCUUCGCAACCAUCUAUGACUCAGUAGAUUUAAGAAAGAAGUACGACAGCAAGAAGAUGCUCAGAAGAGAUGGUUACCUCAUUAGAGCUAAGAGCAGCAGAAAGCAAAGAAAGGAAAUCAAGGGCAGAGUCUUAAAGGUUAGAGGUAUUGCCAAGGCCAAGGCUGCUUCUUCAGGAGGAAAGAAGAAGUGA